AUGCGUCGCCAAGGGCGUACUGGUAAGAUAGAGGGUAGGAAAGUCGUCUAUCGAGGGAUGACAAGAGGCAAGACUGUUCCCCAUGGCGCGAUGAUGGUUGGUAAGGUCGUUCGUCAUAGAAGCUCCGGUAGUAACACUGGAGGUAAGGUAGUUCAAAAGGUAAUUCGCCUCGGAAGAGCUCCAAAGAGAGGAAGGACAAUCAUUCGCAAGAUCAUUCGUCAAGAUACAUCUAGUGCCAGGAAUGUUCCCGAUAAGUCAGGCGGGAAGGUCAUCAGAGAAGUUGUUUCUCAAGGAAAAUCAAGCAAGACUGGAGGAAAGACCAAGGUCGUUUCUGUGCGGAAAGCUAGUGACGAGACUGUCGGAAAAGUCGUCCAAAAGAGUACUUCUACAGAAAUGCCCGGUGCAAAGAAAGAUUCCCUGGGGUCAAAGGACUCUAAAAUGAAUAAAGCAACGAGUAUUGGGGAAAAGAGUGAAGAGAGGGUGAUUCAUGAGACUAUACACCAUUUCUUACCAAAGUAUGAAGCGACAAAUCAUGGCAGAGAAAGGGAAGCUCAUCAUAGGCACUUACACCAUUUCUUACCAGAGUACGAGGCAACAAAUCAUGGCAGAGAAAGGGAAGCUCAUAGGCACUUACACCAUUUCUUACCAGAGCAUAAAGCGACAAAUCAUGGCAGAGAAAGGGAAGCUCAUAGGCACUUACACCAUUUCUUACCAGAGCAUGAAGCGAGGAGUAUUGGGAAGAAACGUUCAAGAGAUAGGAAACCCAAAUCUGAACCUAAAUCAAAAAAAGACGGCGAUGAUGAUGAUGAUGAUGAUGAUGAUGAUGAUGAUGAUGAUGAUGAUGAUGAUGAUGAAAAGCCUGGCCCUGGAGAGCCAACAGCCGAAGACAGCAGAAAGCAGGAAGCAGAAGAAGACUCCAACUAA